UUUUUUGACACCUCGAGCUUGUUGGGUUCCCUCUCAGUCUUGGGCUCUUGUGCUAGCAUCACGUGGCUGCAGACUAUCUCUGGAGUGUGAUGUUGGGAUCAAAACUAGAUCUGGUUACUCUGCCUUCCCCCUCUCCAUCUACGAAUCCGUUGGUGUUGCGCCAGAACAACACGGAUCGAGAAGCAAAAUGGAUCGUCCAGAAGUAUGGAGGUACUAGUGUAGGCAAAUUUGCAGUCAAUAUUGCUCGUGACAUCGUAUCGAGCCAUAUUGGCCAGCACAAAAUUGCUGUCGUCUGCUCUGCACGAUCUGGGUCUGCCAAGGCUCUGGGAACUACCAAUCUCCUACUCAAAGCUGCCUCCGAGGCACAGCGGCAACGACACAAGUUCUUCAAUGGCCCUUCCGGUACCACAACUCCCUCGAUAAACGGUAUAUUCAGGAGUUCAUCAGAAACUUCCCCCACCACCCCGAUACGCAGAUCUUCACCAUCGCCUUGCUCUCCGUCCACAGGUGCACUGACGCCAUUGAUAACACCCCAGACUGGCCAAUCUCAACCGGAGUUUAAUGUUACUGUUGACCUUAUACGAUCACAGCACAUGGAUGCUGCCAAAGCAUCUGUCAAAAAUGCAGGGAUUCUCCAAGAACUCGAGGCUGAGAUAGAUCAAGACUGCGACUGGCUUCGUAGUUUCUUGUUUGCUGCCCAGGUCAUAAAUCAAAUAUCACCACGUUCGCGGGAUAAUAUCAUAGGUUUUGGAGAGCGAUUAGGAUGUAAACUGAUGACAGCCGUUCUCCGCGACCAAGGCAUCGACGCAGAGUACGUGUCGCUGGAAGACAUCAUUCCUCUAUCCGAGGAUAGCGACAACAUAAAAGAAGGCUCCCUUGAUCAGGCCUUUUAUGAUAGCGUGGCCACUGCUGUCGGGGAACGCAUCAAGGGAUGCGCACCUCGCGUACCUGUUGUCACCGGCUUCUUUGGCCACGUACCGGGGUCGCUUCUCAGGCAAGUUGGCCGAGGAUACACAGAUUUGCUCUCUGCCCUUCUAGCCGUCGGCCUCGAAGCAUCAGAAUUGCAGAUAUGGAAGGAAGUUGAUGGGGUAUUUACGGCAGAUCCUCGAAAAGUGCCCACGGCACGUUUGAUACCUGUCAUAUCGCCCGAUGAAGCUGCUGAAUUGACUUAUUACGGGAGUGAAGUCGUACAUCCAUUCACGAUGGAGCAGGUCAUUCGCCGAAGAAUUCCAAUAAGAAUUAAAAACGUAGAGAACCCCUCAGGUGGCGGCACAGUUAUUCAUCCCGACCCAGAUAUUGAGGCAUCGCAAGACGAUGGUCUUUGUGAAGUGCAAGACCUAUCCCCGUCCGACGAAUUGUGUAGGAACAAGCGACUACCGACCGCCGUGACAAUAAAAGAACGCAUUGUCGUACUCAACGUCAAUUCGAAUCGAAAGAGUGUCUCCCACGGCUUCCUGGCCAGGAUAUUUGGAACCCUUGAUCGGUUUGGCGUGGUUGUAGACCUUAUCAGUACCAGCGAAGUACAUGUCAGCAUGGCUAUUGAGGACAAUCUUUCCAGGGCAACUAUGGAGCGGUUGGUUGGGGAACUAAAGAAGAGUGGAACUGUUUCCGUUCACCGUGAAAUGACCAUUCUCUCCCUCGUUGGUCAACAUAUGCGUAACCUGGUUGGUAUAUCUGGACGCAUGUUCACUUCUCUUGCUCAGGGUAAUGUGAAUAUCGAGAUGAUCAGCCAAGGCGCUAGCGAAAUCAACAUAUCGUGUGUUAUUGAAGGCCGCGACGCUGUAAAGGCACUCAAUCUCAUACAUCAAAGCUGUUUACAAAUAAAGCCUGAGGGGCCCAGAGGGCGAGUCGGUCCCUGGUUUUUCUAGCAUGGGACGUUUAAAAAGAGUUCUACAUGGUUCGGUUCAACACCGACCUGAACUUAUCGGAUCAUACUAUAUUCAUACCGAGCGAUAUAAGCACGAGAUUUUACAAACAUUUUAUUACCCUGGACCUCGCACCUGCAUGGCUAAAUCCAAGAAUUCGCUGUCGACUGACUGCGAUGAUGAUUUGCUCUGCUAUUGCAUCCGCUAGCUCUGCAACGCUAAACCUUCCUAUGUGUCCUUCCAAGCCUGAGGUAGACAGCCAUGGUGUAGGAAAAUGCUUCAAGGUCAUCUCCAGGUUCGUAUUCGGGAGGUAACUUGCCAUGACUGCCAGGGCCAAGACUCUUAGAAAACUGACUCAUUAUAAACAAAUGGCGGUGUUGCCAAGCCCAAUUGAGUCAAAUGCAAUUCAUAGAAUCUAGAAUCUGCAUGGGCGCCUCGAG